GGCUGCAGUACCGACGAGCUCUCGGCGGCGACAGGUGCCGCGCGGUCCCUCGCCUGGCUCAAGUUUCCCGCGACGCGAAACACCUCCUUUUGUUUGCAACACUUGUACUAUCACAACUCAGCCAUGUGAGUUUCUACGAUCGGAACUACACUCAAAGUUCUGAAGAAAAUGUGAACUUGUUAAAGUGCUGUGAAGUGUUUCGAGAUUUGGGAAUACCGGCUCCAAGUCUUGUACAAUUUAAGUGCAAUAUUUCUGUAUAAAACUUCGCUGACGAUGAGCUGCAUGUGUGUGGAGUGAAACUGCUGGAGUUUGUCUCCGCUACAGUUAACUUUGUGUGUGUGUGUGUGUGUGGGCGCCAUGUUGGACUGCCUGUGUCCGUCGCCGCGCACGCUGGCGUGCCGCGUCGUGCUGCUGGACGACCGGGAGCUCAUGCACGAGAUACAGGACAACAACACAGGCCAGGCUCUGCUGGACGUGGUUUACAGACAUUUGGAUCUGCUCGAAACCGCAUACUUCGGCUUACGCUACCUCGACCAGGAUAACCAAACUCACUGGCUGGACUGCGGCAAGCGGCUGCGGCGACAGCUGCGCGGCUCCGACCCGCACACCUUCUACUUCGGGGUCAAGUUCUACGCCGCCGACCCCUGCAAGCUGCUCGAGGAGAUCACACGGUACCAGGUGUUCCUGCAGCUGAAGCAGGACGUGCUGCGCGGGCGGCUCCCCGUGUCCUUCGACCUGGCCGCCGAGCUCGCCGCCUACGUGCUGCAGUCGGAGCUGGGUGACUACGACGGGCGGCGGCACUUGUCGGGCUACGUGGCGGAGUUCCGCCUGCUGGCGCACCAGACGCCCGAGCUGGAGGCGCGCGCCGCCGACAUACACCGCACGCUCACGGGAGUCUCGCCCGCGCAGGCGGAACUAAGCUACCUCGAUAAAGUGAAAUGGCUGGAUAUGUACGGCGUGGAUUUGCAUCCAGUUUUGGGUGAAGAUAGCGUGGAGUACUUCCUGGGGCUGGCGCCGAGCGGGCUGCUGCUGCUGCGCGGGAAGCACACCGUCGCCAACUACUACUGGCCCCGGGUCAACAAGCUCUACUACAAAGGGAGAUAUUUCAUGCUGCGAGUGGCUGAUAAAAACAACGACGCGUCUACGUAUGGGUUCGAGUGUCCGACGCGGGCCGCGUGCCGGCACCUGUGGCGCUGCUGCUCCGACCACCACGCCUUCUUCCGCCUGCAGCAGACCGCGCCCGCCGCCGCCGACCUGUUCGCGCUCGGCACCCGCUUGAGGAAUAGCGUGAGGGGCCGCGCGCGCCCCCCGCCCGCCUUCACCCGCGCGCCCUCGCGACGCAACGCGCGCCCGCCGCACGCCUCACACACUUCUCUACACGACGUACCAAAAUUAGAAGACUUGAGAAUAAAAGACUGUCCUGAAGUUAAGCAACCUACCUCAGUUCAUAGGCCGAAUUCAGUGAUAAGCGAAGGCGUGGGCGCCCCAACUCCGGGCCCGGGCGGCUCGCCUCGCUCCACGCGCUCGGCGCCCAUCCGCCGCGGGCUCUACUCCGCGUCGCCCACCGCCACCAGGCCCCCGCCCGCCCCGAGACACAGAUCCGCGUCUGUGGACUCACAGAGCUCCAAUGACUCCAGAUCUACCAGGAAACACAAGCACCGCUCUCGGAAGCAGCAGUCGGAUGCGGAGAGCGAGUUGUCCCGCGGGUCGGGGCGCUCCGGCCGGCGCCGCCGCCACCGCUCCAAGCACAAGCACGAGUCUGGCUCCGAGAGGGACGACUCGCAGCCUGACAACAACCCUCGUCAUUCCAGAGAGUACGAACUAGUAGACUCCGAGUCACAGUGGAAGGAAGUGCUGAGACAACAGACCAAUUCUGGAAGUGGUGUUCAGGUUGCAAGCGUUCGGCGAUCCCAAAUAGACGCUGAAAAUAAUGGAACAGGAACACACAGGUCAUCCUCACAUAGGCACCGGAGACACAAAAAGCACAGAUCAAGGUCAGGGUCACCAAACGAGAAGAAGUGGCUGCCGACGGAGCUGAAGCAGCACUUGGAGUACUCCCUGGUGGACACGACGGGCAUGACCGAGGAGCAGCUGAAGGAGAUCCCCUACACCGUGGUGCAGACCAGCCACGCGCGCCAGACCAAGCUCAAGACCUCCUCGAGGCACAAGCAGUCAGAACAUGGGUCAUUAGCGAGAAGGGAUAAAAGCCGGGAUACAUCCUAUAAGAAUGGCCAUGACAUUAUCCUCCAAGGAUCUCUCAGGUCGACUUCCAGUACGCAUAGCACGCAUAAAACGGGUGGAGAACGACAUGGAAGGCGCAUAUACCCAAGCUAUGACGAAACAAUCGGGAGAGCUGGCGACGACUUUUUGACCAACAUCGGGUACAAGGGAAAUGUGACGCCGACCUGCAACAACAACAACCCCUACAGUCCGGUCACUAACAGCAACAGCAACAGUUCCAGCGGAGAGCUCAUCUCGGGGAGUGCUCGAGUCUCGCAUGAACACACCGACUCCGGGUUGGGAGCUGAUCAGGAUUAUGCUUAUUCUUCGGAGAGGUCGAGCGACAGCGCGAAGUGCGGCGGCGGCGGCGGCGGCAGCGCGGCGCUGGCUGUGAGUAGGCAGUGGCUGGGGGCGGGGCGCGCGGAGUCCCCGGGGGUGCUGGCGCGGCGCCCCCCGGCGGUGCCGGCGCGCCCCCGCGCGGUGACCGGCUCGCAGCGCAGCUUGCUGUCCGUGGCCAGCGAGGGCCGCGCCAGCUCCCGCCGCCCCCGAGACCCCCUCCCGAGACACUACCCUCACCCGAACGUCGACAGCUUUUCCCUUUUCAGACAUGCUAGCAACAACAACAUAGUGGGCGCGGAGAGCGGCUCGCUCGCGCGGCGGCACGCGCGCCCGUCGCGCGACCACAACGCGAACGUGUCGCGCGCGCGCCUGCACGCCGCGCAACACGCCGCGCAACGACACGACAACACGCUCAACAUUAUCCUAAAACCGCUCAUUGAGAGCACGCAGUGAGUAGCCAACAGACGGUCGGCGGUUUGUGUUGCAACGUAGCGGAAUGACUUAGCUGCACGCGCACUGGUUUGUUAUGUUCUCGUGUUUUGUUGUUUGUGUAUGUGCAUGAUGGGUUUGGUUCGAUUUGGUUUGGUGUAGAAAUGUAGAAUAACAACUGUUGACUAACAUUUUAUUUACUUAUUUAUAUAUUUUUUUAUUUUUAAAUUACUGUGUCUGUGUUGUGUUUACUGCACUUAUUAAUUUAUUAUACUUACGUUUUGUUUGUCUCUCACCAAUAGAUCCUGCACCGAGUAUCUAUUCCUCGAAAUUCCUAUUACUUGUCGACUUGUUGCUUUUGUUCUGGUUUUAACUGGCAAAUUUGGUAACCACAGGUUACAGAUGAACUGAAUCAGUCGCAGGCAGACGACGCGCCCCCCGGCCCGCCCCCGCCCCCGCCCGCGCCCGCCGCCAAGCCCCCAGGGACCGGGGAAAUGAGCACUAAACUGUGAACACUGGCUGCGACGAUCAUGACAUUCAUGACCGCUAUUUCUAUAGGUCAAAACCACCUUCAGUUGACCAGACACAACACUAUGGUUUUUUUUCAGUGCGUGUUACAUUGCAUGUUACGCUACAGCAGUGUGUAUUCUGCCUUUACAGGCAUGACAUUGGAAAGCUAUCAAACUGUAUACAAGUAUGUACACUGUCCCAAAAGUCAACGUUAGCCCUUGGAGAGUUGAUAGUGCAGGAAUUUUUUACCCGACUGCCGAAGGAGGAGGGUACUGUUUUUCGACUAUUAUCUAUACAGUUUGACUAAAAUAACUUACGUUAUUGAGUCUUGUACUUGGCAUUUUUUGCAAACUAUUGAGUUUUUACUAUGGUCAUAUUGCACCUAUCAACCCCAAAGGUCUAACAUUGACUUUUGGUACAAAAUCCUGUAUUUUAUAACCUCUCAGUUUUAUUUGACUGCAUUUUGGACACCGUGUUGGUGUUAUACGUACUACGAGUAUACAUAAUAGCCUAGUAUAAUUUUAUUAUAGGUAGAUAUAGUAGAUUUUUAAAACCUAAUGUAAGUCUUUGCAUUUUAAUAAACUAAUAAGAAUUUUUUGUUACGUUCUGGUGCAAUCCGAGUCAUUACUCAUUAGAGUCGUAAGGUACCUACUUUGUCUAUAGAAUAAAGGGUGGCUUGGCCCGCCAUUAUUAAAUAAGAUUCAUCAUCAUCAUAAUUAUUCCAUACCUAUAAAAUAUAAAUUUAAAAUAUUAUAAUUAAAAAUCCGCUAGCUUUUAAUAAUUCAGUGUUUAUUUUUGUUUUUUGUUAAUUUGUAAAAAAAGAUAAAUUUUAAGUAUAUUUUUGGAGUUUUGUAAAUAUGUAGUUGAAAAGGUUGGUAGGUACUUCUAUACUAAUUAUAUAAGUGUAAAAAAGCUAACUUGAAGAAGUAAGUAAUUAAAUCGAUGAAGUAUAGUUUAAUCGAUUGAAUUAUAGUUUAGACUAUAGGUCGUUUUAUAGUAAUGUGAUUGAGUGACUACCUACUAUAAUUUUGUACAAGUAAUAAGUUACUAUUUUAUUUACAACAUUACACCCAGACAUAAAUACUUUUUGUGCCAAAGAGAGAUUUUACCCAUAAUGUUCAUGAAUGCGUUUUUAGAUUAUUUAUUUUCAACACCGAAGUGUGCGUGGGUAUAUAUUUUAUUAUAUAAAUAAAAAUAAUAGGUAAAUAGGUAUGACCUGGUCUUACCUAGGUAUGUUAAAACAUUCAUUUACCGCACUAAGGUUUCAUAAAAUAGAUAUAAAAUACGUAAUUUUAUCCCAAUAUAAGUGUUGUAUAAUGUCUUAAGUCAAAGUAAUGUUAAUUAACAAUAAUAUUAUAUCAAUAUAGCAUAUUCGAUCCAAUAAAUAACAAUUGUAGUUUGUAUUGGUGCUCUUGCCGAGACAAGUGAUUCAAGACUCACUAGGAGUCAAAUAUUUUGAGAGGAUAAAACUAACCAAUCUCAUACGGUAUAUUUUUGGCAAGACUGACUAUGUUGUAAUAUUAAUACUCAAAAAAGUCUCCAUCAAUUAACUGCCAGCAAUUUUGUAUGGAUUUUUCGACGGUAUAUUUCCAUUGUUCCAAUAAAAUGACUCUUUUGUA